UUAAAAACAAGACAAUUAAAAAGGUAAAUAAGACGUUUCACAAAGUCUCAGGUUUUUUUAAUUAGUUUUCGUGUUUCAUGAAGCUCAACACCUGUGAUGUGGCAGCCAGCCGUCGGUCGUCUCUCUCAGUAUUAUUAAUCAGUUGUUGACGAAUUGGUUUUGAAAGACGUGCGACAUGACGAGCCGAAGAAAGGCAACAGAGAGUAGGAGUAAUGCUGAGUACGAGAAGCUGUUGGAGCAGAACGAGGAAGGACAAAAUAUCCACCAUGAGACAGAAUCAAGAGGGUUAGGCAGCGACCGAGGAAAUGUCAUGUUGCUGCUCCUCCUGUACGUGUUGCAGGGUAUACCUCUGGGCCUGGCCGGCAGCAUCCCCAUGAUCCUCCAGAACAGACAUGUGUCUUAUAAGGACCAGGCCACCUUCAGUUUAGCAUUUUGGCCGUUCAGCAUCAAGUUGCUAUGGGCGCCCCUAGUUGAUUCUGUCUACUUUGAGAAGAUCGGGCGACGUAAAUCAUGGCUUGUCCCAGCCCAAUAUCUCAUAGGAUUGUUUAUGUUGCUACUGUCACCAAACGUCAAUGAGCUUCUAGGAGAGGGCUCAGACCAUCCUCCUAAUGUGGCGUUCAUCACUUGUGUCUUCUUCGCCCUCAACUUCUUGGCCGCCACACAGGACAUUGCUGUUGAUGGCUGGGCUCUCACCAUCCUCUCCAGAGAAAAUGUUGGGUGGGCAUCAACUUGUAACUCUGUGGGUCAGACAGCCGGGUACUUCCUGGGGUAUGUGGUGUUCCUGGCCCUGGAAUCGAAGGACUUCUGUGUCAAUUACCUUGGCCAAAAUGACUCCCUAGUUACUCUUCCAGGUUUCCUUUAUUUCUGGGGCAUUGUGUUCUGCACCACGACAACAGCUGUUUGGUUAUUUAAGCACGAGAAGGACGAUUCAGAGGUUGAGAUUGAUGAACCUGACUUCGGCUUGAUUGGGACAUACCAGAUCCUGGGUCGUGUACUGAAGAUGAAGACGAUGAGAGACUUAAUUCUGGUGCUGUUAACUUGUAAGAUCGGGUUCGCUGCUGCUGACUCACUAACAGUCCUGAAGCUGACAGACAGUGGUGUGCCCAAGGACAGAUUAGCUCUUCUGUCCAUCCCCAUGACCCCUGUCCAAGUGCUCCUUCCCUUCUACAUCUCCCGCUACACUGCUGGACCCAAACCUCUCAAUCCCUUUAUGUUCGGAUAUCCUCUAAGAUUGUUGUUAGGGCUGGUAUUUGCGGGGCUGGUCUGGUUAACACCUAUGUUUAAGGCAGCUGACGGCUCCUACCCUCUAUACUAUUACGGUAUCAUCAUCGUCAUCUACCUCAUACACCAGGUGUUCGUCAACUGUAUGUUCGUGGGGGUGAUGGCAUUCUUCGCCCGUAUCAGCGACUCGAGCGUGGGGGGAACUUACAUGACUCUCCUCAACACCUUCACCAACCUCGGGGGUAACUGGCCAGCCUGGAUAGCACUACGCUUUGUCUCGGAACUGACUUGGAAAUCUUGUACCGGGGUGAUGGAUAUCCUCUCUUGUGACAGUGCUCAGGAAGAAAAGGCGUGUGAGGCGGGGGGAGGUACUUGCCACACAACCGUGGAUGGGUACUACAUAGAGAGUGUGGUGUUGAUGACGUUUGGGUUCCUGUGGAUGCAAUGGGGACUACCAACUAUUAAGAGAUUACAGAGUCUUCCUCCAUCAGCAUGGGCUGUGUCUAAAUGGAGUGAUUGACUGUCUGUCUGGGUUACAAUAGGAUCUGUUUUAUGAUUAAUGUUAUUUUAAAGCUGAGUGUAGAAAUGAUAAUAAAAAGAAAAAAUAAUAUAUUGGAACAAGCAAUUAUUUAUUAGUUAUACACAGUGACAGAACUAUUGUUAAUACUGUGUACUGUGUUUGUGUCUUGAGAAUAUAUGGUUGUUUUAAAGGAUGUGGUGCUCUUGUUUCAGAAGCAGCCGUCUGCGCUUAUACUUGGUACAGUGGCUGGUGUGUAUUGAGAGACGUGACAACUCUGGAAUGCUUAUCUAGCAUCCUUAGUCUGUCUACUAUUGUGACAUUCCUUAGAGCCAUUCUGGGAGUUUUAACAUGAGCCAACCACUGUACCAGAUAUAAGUGAAUGCGAUUUGUACGUUCAACAGCCGUAAAAAUAAAUUAUGUAAACCUGUUUAGCGUUGAUGGUGUAUUGGCAGCGACGUAAAGAAUUUGUACCUGUGCCUAAAUGAUUUUUUUCAUAUUGUCAAUACCAGUAUCUGAACGAUCUUUUCUUAAUUUAUAUUUUUUCAAAUAAAAUUUCCUCUGUACAGGAUAUUGACAAGUAAUGGCAAGUUAAGAGGAUUUGUUUAUGGUAGAAAUUUUGACUCUUGGAUAAUUAUUCAGAAACUGGGCAUAAUGUGGUCACUUCUUCUCCACCCCCAGAUCUUGAGGAGUGAGGGGGGGUGGAUGGGUUGGUGAGGGGAUGUGGCACAAAAAGGAGUAAACGAUAUACAGUACUAUAAUAGAAAAGAGCAUUUUGUUCUUAUGGGUUCCUCUGGUGAUCUUCUCUUCAGGGAUGUUUAUGUUUUUUUAUGGUUAUUUAUGGUUUAUAUAAUUUCUCUAAGCAGUUCAGUAUUCAUAAUUGUCUUUUGUCAUGUGUGACUACUAAUAUGUGCCGAUACUUACUACUGUAUAUAUGUCUCUUCACUGUUUAAAUUCAGUUGUUUUCUCAGAGUGAAAGUUACCAAUGAUCCACCCUAAACAAAAGUAGGAAUUGAGGAAGGAAAGUUAGUACAGUAAAUAAAUAUUGAUGUCAACAGCUUAUACCAUCGAUCAAAAAUAUUUAGAACAACAGAAAAUUAGCUCCCCUCUGUUUAUUUCACCUGAAGCUUAAUCACCCUACUGUUACCUUUGGAGGUUAGGUCAGGUCAAUCUUAAAGUGAAUUAAGCUUUGGGGCUAAUCUUCAGGUUAUGUAAAUAUUUAUAUAGAGCGAGAAUGAAGACAUAGUAUUUGUGAGAAUUUUAAGAUUUAGGACUUUAUAUAAACAGUAAUUUGGAGCUUAAGGUGAAACUCUCCUCCCAGACCUGCAUACAGUAAACCCUUGCCAUUCGCGAGUUUGCGAUUCGUGAUUUCGACGAUUCGCAGUAAGCAGGUGGUGGCUAGCUUGCAAGCCUUUUCCUGUAGCACAACGGGUCACCCCACGCAACAUCUCAUGUUAUACUCUCAAAGCUUCAGUGUUUCUGUGUGAAAUGGCACCUAAAAGACUUCCUAGUGUCAGUGCUAGUGAUGCGAGUGGAGUGAAAUGUUAAAAGCAGAAGUCAGUGAUGACCCUGACAAAGAACGUUUUAUUAUUAGAUAAGUUAAAAGAGGGGAUGAAUGCUGCCACAGCUGGUCAGUUGUUUGGUAUAGGUAUACAGUAGUGCAUGGAGGGAGUAUAAGUUGCUAUUUGCGGUUUUGCCAAUUCGUGCCAUUUCUUGGAACCUAACCCUCACAAAUGGCAAGGGUCUACUGUAUGUAUUGAUCAGAGACGUCAAUGUGUACUGAGGAGAGACAUCAAUCUCUAGAUGGUAAUUUUUUACCACCAUCUAUAGACAAGACUCUCUCACUGUAUAUUUCACCAAACAGACAGUGUUAUGUAUGUUGUGUAUCCUUCAUAUGUGAUUCAUUGUUGUGUACAAAUUGUAUUGAUGCCUCCUCAAAGGAAAACCAAUAAUAUACUUAACAUUUUGGCAGAACUUUGUGCUUUUUGGUGUGUGAUUGUAUAUUCUGUGGUAUCUUUACUCUUUUCUUACAUUUGUAUGGGGUGGAUGAAGGAACAGGGAGAAUAUGGUGUAAUACAAUUGUAGAAAGUAAAAGAAAAGGGCUGAGAUAAUAGGUAGAAUAUCAUCACAUAGUUGGGAAAGUGACAGAAAAGGGCUGAGGCAACAGGUAAAAUAUCAAUCAUCACAUACUUGCUCAUAUCCUCAUUUUGUCUGUAUAGUACAUUACACAAAGUGGAUCUGUACCUUCCAUACUGACUUACAGGAUUUAAGAGCUUGUAUUUGCAGGGUCAUGUAUAGAGACUUUGUAAUUAUUAGUGUAAUAUUUUGGUGGUGCUGUGAGCCAGAACACACUUACUUGUAACACAGUUCAAUAAUAUGUCAGACAGUG